GAAGGAUUAUCACAGGGGAGGGGUGUGGGAAGGACGCUCCUCCCAUGGUGUCCACUCUGCUCAGGGGGAGGGUUUAGAAUUCCUCCAUGCUCAGAGGCACAUUGCUUGCAUUAUAGCUAUAGGUUGUGACUUCCUUCUUGGCAAUGGCGGACGGCUACUUUUGAGGUGGGACUUUAUGUUUAGUGAGAGACUUGAGAUUCAGAAGCUGUUCCACCAUGCCUCAUCGGACAAUACACAUUUUUCGCAAAGGCCUUCGACUUCAUGAUAACCCAACAUUGGUAGCAGCACUUGAGACAUCAGAUAUCAUAUAUCCAGUAUACAUCCUUGAUAAAAAUUUUAUGACUUCAUCCUCUGUUAUUGGAUCCAAACGCUGGAAUUUCCUCUUACAGUCCAUUGAAGACUUGCAUUGUAACCUUCAGAAAUUAAACUCCUGCCUUUUUGUUAUCCAAGGAGAUUAUCAAAGUGUUUUGCGUGAACAUGUUCAGAAGUGGCAUAUUACACAGGUCACAUUUGACCUUGAGAUUGAACCUUAUUAUAAGGGAAUGGAUGAAAGAAUUAGAGCAAUGGGCCAAGAGCUGGGAUUCGAUGUUGUCUCAAAGGUUGCACACACACUGUAUGAUGUUAAAAGUAUUUUAGCACUGAAUUAUGGGAAACCUCCCUUAACAUACAAAAACUUUCUACGUGUACUGUCUGUACUUGGAGAUCCUGAUAAACCUGCUCGACAAAUAACUUUAGAAGAUUUCAUAAAGUGCACAACCCCUACUGAGUUUGCAGCCGAAGAAUACUACAGAAUUCCCAAACCAGAAGAUCUGGGUAUAUGUAGAGACUGUGCACCUAACUGGAAAGGUGGAGAAUCUGAAGCGCUCUGUAGACUGGAACAGCACCUGGAAAAGCAGGGUUGGGUUGCUAACUUUCAAAAGCCACAAACCGUUCCGAAUUCUCUUCUGCCAAGCACAACCGGUUUAAGUCCCUACUUCAGUUUUGGAUGUUUAUCCGCCAGAGUGUUUUAUCACAGAUUGUCCAACAUUUAUGCCCAGUCGAAAAAUCACUCGCUUCCGCCAGUGUCUCUUCAAGGACAACUGCUCUGGAGAGAAUUCUUCUAUACUGCUGCAUCUUCUACUCCAAACUUCACUCAUAUGGUAGGAAAUCCGAUCUGCCUUCAGAUAGAAUGGUAUAAAAAUGAGGAGCAACUGCAGAAGUGGAGAGAAGGUAAAACUGGAUUUCCAUGGAUUGAUGCAAUCAUGGCUCAGCUACAUGAAGAGGGUUGGAUCCACCAUUUAGCACGUCAUGCAGUGGCAUGUUUUCUUACUCGUGGGGAUCUUUGGAUCAGUUGGGAAGAAGGAAUGAAGGUGUUUGAGGAGUUGCUUCUAGAUGCAGACUAUAGUAUAAAUGCAGGGAACUGGAUGUGGCUCUCUGCUAGUGCAUUUUUUCACCACUAUACCAGAAUAUUUUGUCCUGUUCGCUUUGGAAGGCGCACUGAUCCAGAAGGCAACUAUAUUCGGAAAUACUUGCCAGUGUUGAAGAACUUCCCUGCAAAAUAUAUUUAUGCGCCUUGGACAGCCCCAGAAGAGAUCCAGAAGCAAUCGGGAUGCUUGAUUGGAAAAGAUUAUCCUCUUCCUAUGGUGGACCACACAACUGCAAGCGAGCAUAACUUGCAACUAAUGAGACUGGUGCGGGAAGCGCAACAAAAGACUGCUCAACUUACCACAGAUAUUGCAGACGAUCCCAUGGAAUUAAAUCUAAAACACCCUUUUAAAACUGAUAAAGAAAGUGUCUUAGAAAACAAAGUUAAGAGAAGAUGCCUGGAGGAAACGGCAGGCGAAGAUGGGAAUAGACAAAGUGACCUAGUACAGUCUCUGGAUCCUUGUGAAGUGAAAGUGUGCUGAAAUCAGAAGCAUGCUAUCAUAGUUUAAAGCAGUGAAAGGAACUAAGGCCUUUUGAUAUUUUAUUUACAUAUUUAUUAUAACAGAUUUUCUUCCACUUUAUUUUGCUCUAACAGUCCUAAAAUAUAAGAGAGACUUUUCUUAUUCUAUAGAACUGGCAUUUAUCUGUAUUUGCUGUUAUACUUCGAUCUGUGCUGCCAUACUCGAUCUAUGGGCCAAGACCUGGAAAGAGCGUCGGCAGAGCAUCUAGGAGUUAUUAACAGGUGGUUGGUUAGUUUUUCAAUGGAAUUAUAACUUUUCUCUGCAUUUACACAUGCUAUUAUCCAUUAUUGUCAGUUUAUGGUUAUGUUGCCUUAUAUAGACAAUAAAUAGAAUUUCAAAAUAAUUAUUUAUCUGUAGCAGCUAGAGUUGUCACCUUUCCUGGAAAAAAAUACCGGCCUUCCUAUAUAUUUAUCUUUUUUCCCUAUUAAUAACAUUGGGAUCAACCAUCAUUUUUACCGGCCAGGUGGCAACCCUAGUAGCAACUAACCACAAAUGUAGAGCAGCAGGUUUCCUAUCUCUGCACAAGAGCUGAUGGUAGUAGAGAACAGCAAUCCUCACAAACAUGGCCUUUGCUCUUGCCAACCAAAUGUUUAUUUUAAAGUAAAUAAAACGUAUUUUUUUAAUAUAGAGUUGUUCUGUUGUGUUGCUAGUCCUGACAAGUCCAUGUCAGUGAUUUUUUAAAUUUUUUUUUGCUGGAAAUUCAAAAUUUUGGUAAAUAGCCUCAUUAUUGUUUAUGGUGAAUGACCAUUUCAUCUCUUCUUUUUGGUUGAACGAAAGAAAAAAUUUGACUAUUAAAGUCCACUCAAUCAGCUGUGGGAAGCUGUAGUGAUGAAAGCAUUCUUUGCAUGUUGAAUACUAGUGAAAUACCUUUUCUUUCUGCUCUCAGGGAGGUGCAAGUGUGCCUUACAACUCUCUUAGUUUUCUCCUGUUAAAUAGUAUACUAUAGCAGUCUUCUAAAGCAAUAUGAAAUAAUAAAAUGUUGUUUUGGCAUUUAACUGAUUGACACCUAAAACUGGCAUUAAACACUUGCUGCAAAAAAUGCAUCACCACUGCUGCCUUAAGCACAACAGAAAUACUUUUGCACAUGCAAAAGUCAGUAGGACACCUCUUCCAAUCGCAUCUGCCACCAGAUUUGAAAAAAAUAAUCACCCACAAGGGUCUAUAGCAAAUAUGUUCCUGAAUAUCACUAAAUGAGUCUGUGUCCUACACAAUGUUUUUGUUUAGAGAGAGCAACUUUGUUUGCUCUUUAACAACAAGUUUACAGAAUCAAUUCACAGCUAUAUUAAAUAGCGUUUGGCAAUAAUGAAUAGGGAUGCACCGAAUCGACUAUUUUAGAUUCGACCGAAUCCCUGAAUCCAUCUUGGAAGAUUUGGCAGAAUACCGAACCGAAUCCUAAUUUGCACAUGCAAAUUAGAGUCAGGAAAGGAAAAAGUGGAAAAAUUGGUUUACUUCCUUGUUUUGUAACAAAAAGUCACGUGAAAUCCCUCCCUCCCCACAAUUUGCAUAUGCAAAUUAGGAUUCGGAUUCGGUUCGGCCAAGCACAAGGAUUCGGCCGAAUCCGAACCCUGCUGAAAAAGGCAGAAUCCCGAACCGAAUCCUGGAUUCGGUGCAUCCCUAAUAAUGAAUGACUUAAACUGUAAUCUGGUGUUAAGUUGUUCCUACUGCACCACUAAAAUGAGAUGCCUAGUGCUUCCAUGACUCCAAAUAAGCAAUAAAAAUCUAGUUUCAAGCACCUUACUGCAAUGAAUAAUGGAAAGAGUGCAAGAGACAGAGAAUUUCCAAAUAAUGCUUAUAUAUAAAGAUAAAGCAUUUAACAUGGUACAACCACUUUCAGUAAUCUAAGUUAAAUAUUAAUAUUGUUUUGUACAUGGAGCAGCUGUAUGUUGCCCAUACGGAGAUGUGCUGUUUGAUCAAAAUUCUUGUACUUAAUGCUUGGGAAAAACAUAAGCAGCUCUUAUUCUUAUUUCUAAGAAUAUGUAAAUGUGUAUAAGUUGCUUACUAUACAUUGGUUUUUACUGUGUAAAACAAUACAUUUAAAGAAAUAAAGUGUACACAACCCGC